GAAGAGGCUCUGAGGCAGCAGCGACUCAGUUCUCGGAGAUGAGGUCGGGGGCGGUGGGCACCCGGCUGGUGGUGCUGCUGCUGCUGGUGCUGCUCCGGGCCGCAUGUGUGCGCGGGGGCCCACAUCGGCGCCGCUACACCCCAGACUGGGAGAGUCUGGACUCCCGGCCGCUGCCGGAGUGGUUCGACAAGGCCAAGUUCGGGGUGUUCGUGCACUGGGGCGUGUUCUCGGUGCCGGCCUGGGGCAGCGAGUGGUUCUGGUGGCACUGGAAGGGCGAGGGGCUGCCGCAGUACAAGCAGUUCAUGAGCGACAACUACCCGCCCGGCUUCAGCUACGCCGACUUCGGGCCGCAGUUCACCGCGCGCUUCUUCCACCCGGACACCUGGGCCGAUCUCUUCCAGGCGGCCGGGGCCAAAUACGUAGUCUUGACAACAAAGCAUCACGAAGGCUUCACUAACUGGCCGAGUCCUGUGUCUUGGAACUGGAACUCCGAGGAUGUGGGUCCCCACCGCGAUUUGGUUGGUGAGUUGGGAAAAGCUGUCAGGAAGCGGAACAUACGUUAUGGACUUUAUCACUCGCUUUUAGAAUGGUUCCACCCACUCUACUUACUUGAUAAGAAAAAUGGCUUCAAAACACAGCAUUUUGUCCGUGCAAAAACAAUGCCAGAACUGUAUGACCUUGUUUACAGGUAUGAACCUGACUUGAUUUGGUCUGAUGGAGAGUGGGAAUGUCCUGAUACUUACUGGAAUUCUACAGAGUUUCUUUCUUGGCUCUACAAUGAUAGUCCGGUCAAGGACAAGAUAGUGGUAAAUGACCGGUGGGGUCAGAACUGUUCCUGCCACCACGGAGGAUACUACAACUGUCAAGAUAAAUUCAAGCCCCAGAGCUUGCCGGAUCACAAGUGGGAAAUGUGCAGCUCCGUGGACAGGAGCUCCUGGGGCUAUCGUCGCAACAUGGUGGUGUCUGAAGUUGCAACCGAGUGUGAGAUCAUUUCGGAACUGGUUCAGACAGUAAGCUUGGGAGGCAACUACCUUCUCAACAUCGGGCCCACUAAAGACGGACUGAUUGUUCCCAUCUUCCAAGAAAGGCUUCUUGCUGUUGGGAAGUGGCUGAGCAUCAAUGGGGAGGCCAUCUAUUCCUCUAAGCCCUGGAGGGUGCAACUGGAGAAGAACACGACAUCUGUGUGGUAUACCUCAAGAGGAACAACUGUCUAUGCCAUUUUCCUGCACUGGCCAGAAAAUGGAGUCUUAAGCCUAGUAUCCCCCAUAACUACCUCGACUACACAGAUAACGAUGCUGGGGAUCCAGAAAGAUCUGAAAUGGUCUACAAAUCCAGAAGGCGGUCUGCUUAUUUAUCUGCCCAACGUACCACUCCUUACCCUCCCAAUUGACUUCGGCUGGACCAUAAAACUGACAGGAGUGGAGUGACCACAGGAGCCCAGGCAGAACUGUCUUCUCUUUGCUGCUUUGAUCUUCCUCUUGUAGCACCAUCGUUGUAAUAAACUACUUCUCUACUCAGAGCUGGCUUUGCCAACACAUUUUAAUCAAAGGAACUGAGUGCCUGUACUGAUGUCUCAGUGGAUCAGAGAUCUGAGACCCCUGGCUAGCAAAUCCCUCUCUGAUCAGCAGAAGGGACUAACCAGUUAAGCUCUGAGCCCAUCCUUCUAUUCCUAACUCGGGGAAAUUCUCUACCCUGGAAACUUCCCUCCAUUCUUCUUUUGAAACCUGUUUCCUUACUCAGUGACUUCAGAUAAAAAAUAAGCCCGUCAGUCACCCUGUUGCCUGUGGAAGGAGGUGAGAAUGGUUUAGCGAGCUCAACCACAUGCUGUUUUCUUAGCAUCUUUUGUCACCCGCACCCCCUUGUAGAGGUGGAGAGCCUGGAAGGGAAGGAAGAGGCUUGCUAGGCUGCUGGUGGUCAGCCCUUUGGAAGUUUCCAAAGCAAACGAGGGGCUCAGAAGUCCAGUCUGUUUACAGUGAUAUUAUGAAGGAAAUGAAUGUGAUUCUGCCCUGCUUUUUAAAAUAUGAUCAAAUAAAUAAAUUUUUAUGUCAAAUCAUUUCUACCACAAA